UUACAACGAGGCAAACCGCGUGAUAUAUCGCGCGUGGCAGUCACGCAAAAUGCUCUCUCUAUCUUCCAGUGUUCAACAUCGAGAAACAUGGCGUCGAAAGGUAAGUCGAAAAAUCGAUUUUUUUAUGCUUUUUCUGUGUUUUCUGACAAACGUUGAUGAACAGUAAUGAUCAGUAAAUUGUGUUCUUCAUAUGUUGUGUUAUUCCGUCGAAAAUUGUGCGUAUUUCUUGCGCAAUUUUGUAUUGAACACAGAUUUGUCUGUCGGUAUUGGCAUCUCACUAGAAAAUGAAUACAUCAUCUUUUAUUGUUAAAUUUGCCCUAAAUACAAGUUUACACUGGAAUAGAAGCUACUUAACAUGCAAUUAUAUUGUUUCUACAUUCUUUUAGGUAUAAAUUUAAGAUGUUUUUCUGCAAAAUAAUUGAAAGAACAUUCAGUUUAAAGUUUUGCAAUUUGACCGGCCAUUUUUGGCUGCAGGGCAUCUUGCAUAAGCAUUCAGGCCGGAAUUGGUUUUGAACAAAGAAAUCCGACGUUUAUCGAAUUAUUAUUGACAAGUUAUUAAAUUGCUUUUUAAAAAUAUAUUUAUUUUCGCAAUCUUUUAUAUUUAAAUGUUUGAUUUACAUUUUUUUUGCAAUUUUCUGAGGAAUUAUAGACAAUGCACUGUAGUAUAAAUCUUUCCAAUUACUGCAUGCAGUAUUUAGACGUAUUUAAAGGUUUUCACCAAACCUAAUAAGCAGCAGAAUGGACUAGGCUAUUUGAUUUGUAUUUCAACAAUACUUGAAAUUGAUUUUAAGUUUCUAAUUGCAAACAUUUAGCUUGAAACAGAAUUUUAUAAAAAUCACAUGUUAUAGUGAUUUUUGCAUGAUGCAUGCUGUAUUGCUUGCUGCUGAUUAUAAAAUAAAGCACAGGCACUGUGCUGAUUAUAAAAUAAAGCACAGACACUGCUGACUCUUUGCAUGUGCAGGAAUUUAAUUAGUGGGUGUGGUUUGUUUAAAGUGGGUGUUGCAAAGGCUGGGCAAUAUUUGGAGGUGUUUAAAUCACUGGUCAUGGUUGGCCAAGCAAAUUUGUGGGGUCAGGUCAAAAAUGGGACCCAACCAGCAAAGAAGCCCGACCAAAUUGUUAUUAAAUUUUGGCGCAAAGUGAUGAUAUCUCUAAUUACUUGUGGUUUAAUUCAAGAGUUAUUGUGUUUUUCAGUUCCACCAAAAUUUGAUGAUCUUGGCAAAGAAGCCAGAGAUGUGUUUGGAAAAGAAUUUGGUUAUGGUUUUUUCAAACUCGAUGCCAAAACUUUGUCAAAGAAGGGAGUGGUGAGUAAUUGCUUGUAGUCCAAGACAGAUGCGGUUAACACCCUGAUCUCUACCCCUGUGAGAAACAAUGAUUGCUAUAUGUCAUUUAAUUUUUUCAGGACUUUACAACAGCAUUGUCAUCAAGCAAUGAAACCGGAAAAGUGGCUGGGCAUUUAGAGACAAAAUACAAGAAUGCAAAACAUGGUUCGUUCUUUAUUACUUUAUCUGACAUAAUAUUGAAGCAUUCCAUUCAUUCAUUCCAUAACAUUUACAGGAUUGACACUAUCUGAGAAAUGGACAACUGAUAAUGUGCUCAGUACUGAUAUUACUAUUGAAGACCAGGUAAGGACAGAAAGUUCUUUUCAGUAGAAAUAAAGUUUGGUGCUGACAAAAUUUCCAUAUUGUUGUUUAGCUUAUGAAUGGACUAAAACUGUCUUUUGACACCAUGUUUGCUCCUGGAACUGGGUAAGAAACGUGAUGUGAACAUGUACUCUAAAUAUAUUUAUUAAAUAUGAGCAUGUUAAACUGCAAACCAUAGAUUAAUCUCUCCAAAUGUAUUUGAAUUUGUCUUGUAUUUGAGCAGGAAAAAAGCUGCAAAGAUCAAGGCUGAUUACAAGAGGGAUUACUUUCACCCUACUGCAGAGGUCGACUUUGAUUUUGCUGGACCAAUGGUGACAGCUGCAUCUGUGUUUGGGUAAGAUAAUAAAUUAAUUGCUUGAUAUUUGUAAAUAAAUGAAGAUUUUAUAUUCAAAAUUAGGUUUGAAAGAAAGAUUGCUAAAGUCGAGUAGUAAUGCUAACUAUACUGGUGUUUUCUUGCAGUUACAAUGGUUGGGUAUGUGGUCUUCAUGGUGCGUUUGAUACAGCCAAAUCCAAAUUGACCAAUAGUAAUAUUGCUGUUGGUUACAGAUCAUCUGACUUUGUUCUCCAUUCCUCCGUGUAAGUCUUGUAUAAAGAUUUAUAUUUUAUUUCUUCUAGGCAAAAAAAAAAUAUGUGGGUUUUCGGUUUCCCAACCCUACCUAGCUUUUGGACGCCGAAAUCCCGACCCUAAACUUUUUUAUUCGAUCAUGCUUGUAAGUGUUUCCACUUAGAGAAAAACGUUUGUGAAAAAUGGAAAUUUGAGGCAAUAUUAGGGAAAUCUAUCUUUGAAUGUGGAAGCAUUGACUAAACAAAAUGGUGUCCGGUUGUUAGGAAAAUUUUAGAAAAGUUAAAACCGACCUACUCUACCUAAGUUUUUACAAGAAGAAAUAGGAAACCCCCAUAUUUUUUGGCCCUAUUUAGACUUAGUGUGGUGGUUUAUUUACUAUGUUCACUGUUAUUUUUAGAACUGAUGCAUCCAAGUUUGCUGGCUCAGUACAUCACAAGGUAGUUGCAAUUGACUUUGAGAACCUUACUCUGAAAUUUAAGUACAAAAGUACUAAAUAUGGUGUCCAAUAGUGCCUUUGCAUAACGUCACAAGUAUAUCGCAACAAUGAGUGAAGCAGUGGUAUUUUCGAGACAAUGAAACAUUCUGAUAGCUAGAUCAUGAAAUGAAGAAAUACAGUAACUACAUCUCUAUAAAUUGUUUUGUGUUUAAGCAUUUUAAAGUUUCAAGAUGUUUCCUUAUUUCAGGUUAACAACAAACUUGAGGCUGCAGCUCUCAUGAACUGGGCAUCGGGCAAUGAAAGUGUUAACUUUCAAGUUGGCAUGAAGUAUAUCAUUGAUCCAAUCUCAUCAGUCAAGGUAAUGAUUCCAUGGAUCAUCUUUCAACAGCAAAACUUGUCUUCACAGAUGAUCUGUGAUGUGGGUAUCCUGGAUAAUAAUAAUAAUAAUCUAUUUGUCUACGCAAAUAGAUUAUCAGACAACCAAUCUUUUCUUUGUUCAAGUACCUCCAGAUGUAUCAUCUGUCCUCAAACGUUUAUCAGAGAUAUCUUUCUUUGAUCGCAAAUUGACCAUUUGCGUAAUAGACUAAGUUUUGAACUAAACAAGUCUAGACAAAGAUUUCAUCAUAGCUUGAAAGAGCAUCACAAAAUUAGUAAUAUUCCAAAGUUUCGUUGCAAAAUGUUGUAAAAUGCGGAAAAUAUAGCCUUGCGAAAUUUGCAAUUUUCAGUCGUUUUAGAUUACAAACGGGAAAUUGACAGCCCCAAACCCUUCGAGGCUGUCAAUUUCCGGUUUGUAAUCUAAAAUGACUGAAAAUUGCAAAUUUCGCAAGGCUAUAUUUUCCGCAUUUUACAACAUUUUGCAACGAAACUUUGGAAUAUUACUAAUUUUGUGAUGCUCUUUCAAGCUGUAAUGAAAUUUUUGUUGAGAUCAAAAUUUAGUCUAUUACGCAAAUGGUCAAUUCAGAGUGAAUUUCCUGCAAUGAAAUCCUUAUCUAUUCCAGGUGAAAGUGAACAAUAGCAGUCACAUUGGUCUGUCUUACUCGCACAAACUGAGUCCUUCCGUGAAACUGGGCCUCUCCGGUCUUAUUGAUGCGAAGAACCUGGAUCAAGGAGGACACAGAGUUGGUCUGUCUCUGGACGUCGAAAUGGAGGCGAAAUAAACACUCUAUAUAUGUAUAUGAACUAAGUUUAUCAAUUUUAUUCUGUUGCUCUCAACCAACUGUUUUGUGAAACACUUUCAGUUGACUUGAAUAAAGGGUUUACUGAUGCACGUUUUUGGUCUAUUAUUUUUUCAUUUCUGAGAAAAGAUCUUGGGUAAACUGCGAAACAUUGUCACCGAAACAAUUUGAAUGUUCAUCUGUUUCCUCAAACCUUUGCACACCUUUUUCUUUGUGGAAUGUCUUCCAACAAAAUAAGAAGCACAUUUUGUUUUCUAACAUUUUAAGGAAACAAUGUUUCCUGCUUUGUCCACCUUUGAAAAUCAUGGCUAGCAAACAAAGUCUACGGCAUACCCUGGGAUAAGCCAGUGCCCAGCGGUCAACCGGAAAAUCCAUUUGUGACAUGCCAUGUGACAUUUGUCCUGCUUAUAGCCCUCAUGAAGAUAUAUUAUUUGUGUCUAUAAGGAAUAGAGGAAGUUUUGUAAGGAGCACGAUAAAGGAAGUUUAUAAAGUUUAGUUUCCAAAUACGAGUCCAAAGGUUCGAAGAUGGUUUAUGUAGCUUCGUGUGUUUUGGCGAUCGUACUUUCCAUUCAUUCUACGGUACGUCCAUCUCAUCUUUACUGAUUCAAAUUACAGUGGAGUUAGCGCAAGAGUGGUUGUUAAAAUAUUUGAGAGUUGUACAAUACCAUCAAGUAGUCUAACGACCAAUAUUAACAAUCACAUGUAUGAUACAUGCUUAGUAUUAUAUGCUCAGGAAAUAAUUCUCGUUUAUCUUCAAUCUUUUAGCAUGAUUAGAUUUACAGAUUUAGACUUCAGUGUUACGCCUUACGCAAUCUUUGUUUCCGCAUUCUUGUGUCCGUAAUUAAUAUAUCAGGUAGUCUUGUGUUGGGUGGUCGAUAAAUAGAUUUGAAAGAUGUGCUUCAAAUUUUUCUAAAGUUGACCGGACCGUGACGCGCUUUAUAGUGAACGCAAGUAUGGUUUGAAUUGACGCACAUGAACGAUGCAUGUUUAUAAUUUUCUAGGUUGCUUUAAUAUGUGGUAUAACAAAUUGCACGCUAGACGGUUACGAUAGAGCAUGGUGUUGUGGAGACCAUAAAACGACAUGUUGUAGAGAAUCUUCUUCAUCUUCUUCAAGCCCUUGGUGUAAGAAAUGAUAAACUCACUUUAUUUAUACUGGGUAGCUCUAUCAGUUCACUGUUCUCCCUAGAAGUCCAGUAAGGAUCAUCUCUUAUUGAUCCAGUGUUACUACAGGAGGAAACCUAAACUAACUUUAUACUGGAUAGCUCUAUCAGUUCUAAACUGUUCUUCCUAGAGAUCCAGUAAGGAUCAUCUCUUAUUGAUCCAGUGUUACUACAGGAGGAAACCUAAACUAAACUAACUUUAUUUAUACUGGAUAGCUCUAUCAGUUGUAAACUGUUCUCCCUAGAGGUCUAGUAAGCAUUAUCUCUUAUUGAUCCAGUGUUACUACAGGAGGAAACCUAAACUAAACUAACUUUAUUUAUACUUGAUAGCUCUAUCAGUUCUAAACUGUUCUCCCUAGAGGUGCAGUAAGGUCAUCUCUCUUUAGUUUAGGAGGAAACCUAGACUAAACUAUUUAUAAUUUUUUCCAGAUGUUUGGGUAAUAGUGGUAGUAAUUUGUCUUGGCGUGACAGCUGGUGGAGUGUUUCUAUACCUUCGCUGGCGAAGAAACCGGGGAGUUUAUAAUCGAAUUCAAUAAAAGUUGUUGGAUGUUGAUCAUGUCAAACUGUUUAAAUCUUAAAUUAUGUUCUCUCUUUUAAGACUUGAUUAUAUUAAAAUAGAUACCCUGGGCGCCAGAGCUGUUUUUUAGAUUCUUAAAGGGAAACCCCUAGUUAGGAAACUCUAGAUCUGUAAAACCUCUGGAACCCAGGGUAAUUAAUUCAGAUACGUUAUAAUUGUCAGGUAAUUGCAUAAUUAUAGUAAUUUGAUUUACCAUAUACAAAAAUAAUGGUGGGGCUGACCCACUGAGCUAUACUAUAUUACUGGAGGACCUACUCGGCAUGAAAGAGUGUCGCCAAAAACAUGGCGUCGCUUACGCCAUUUCCAUGGCAACUGGUCCGAAGUCUCCAUGGUAAUUGCCACUGACCAACCGCGAUCCGAAGCACUAAACAAAGUCCUGCACCCCCCUGUUUUUACACAAAUAUUUCACAAUUUCAGAAUUUAGAGGUUUUCGGUUGUUUUUGAGCUAGAAAAUCUUUCCUUCGCACUUUACUUGUUUUACGAUGUGGAGGAAAAGUGCCGUUUUGUUUCGUUUGUUGAUGCAACAAAUUCACUAUCAAGAAAGAUUAACUAUUUUUUCAAGGUAAGAUUCGUGAAACUAUUUUUACUUUGUAGAACCUUGCUAGUUGCUAGAUAUAAAAUGACUCUCGAGUCUAGAAAAUGAGUCAAAUGACUAUAAUAUAAGUCAAAAACUCAUGCUACUAUAUAUAUACAGCAAAUAUUUCAAUAGCAGACACAUGAACCGGGAUACGGACAUAUAAAUCCUGUUUAUAAUCGUUGAAAAUUGUGGACAUGAAAUUAUGUUGUUUUGUGUUUUUUAUUGCCAGUUUUUAAUAAUUUAUAAUAAUUGUGGUUGUUCACAUGCUCACACGGUCGUACAGAUUAUAUAUGGUGUGAAUCAGGAUUAAUAUAUAGAUAAGCAAAAAGACAGAGAGUGUGGGACAGAGGGAAAAAAUACCCAGGACCUGAGAGUGUUCAAAGCAGUUAGCAAAAGUUGGAUAAGCAUGAUUGCUUGCCUAUGAUGUGUUUUAGAGAUAAGAUAUGGUAUAACUGAAACUAUCUUUUGAGUUAGAUUUAACAAUCUCUCUCAGUAGGUUUAGCAGCAAGUGAUAGUCGAGAAACUGCACAGACUUCAUGUCCUGUGAACAAGGCUGCAUUGCAUUCCCCCACAUUGAACAAGUCUCACUGAGCUUGGACAAGCAAGUCCUACUUUUGCCAGGCUUUUUGUAGCAGUGUUUAUAUAUGGGGUUGUGCGGCAGUGGUGGCCACUUAUUGUGGGGGGGGAUUUAGGUUGCCAGAUCCAUAUGACCAUGCACUUUAUGUUGUUGGAUAUUGUAGUUCUUUAAACUUUUUUGCCUUAACCCAUGGGGCACCAUGCAGUGCUGUCCUUUGACAAGUAAAAUUGUCUGGCAUUAGACAGAUCGUGUAAAAUAAUCUGGUGUUUGACAGAGUAAGAUUAACUAAAGUUGGGCACAUUGGGUAUGCAGAUAGUUUGAUUUAUAUUCCAUAGAGUGGCAUAUGAGCACUAGCUCCAAGUGACAAGUAAGAUAGUUAUGCAUAACCAUGCAGAAGAUUGUCUGAUUAACCCACUGAGUGGCAGUGCUCUCCCCUAAAGUACAUUAGGGUGCAUUGCCACUUAAAGGGCUAACAUAUAUGCAAUACAUAUUAUAUUUUUGUUAAUUACUAAAGAUGUGUAAUAACAUGAUUGUGGUAUAAUAAUGAUCUGUUUAAUUAAUACAGGUACCGGAAGUGAUGGCACAGGAUGCCAAAAUGGAGAAGAACAAAUUGAAGUUAUGGCACAACUCUUUUUUAUUGACAAUAAAGAGUACUACACACAGUCACAUUUAAUUUUUUAACACUACAGUACAUUAAAUCUAAAUGUACAUCUUUGUGUCUAAAUGUAGUAUGUCCAUGUUUGUACAAUUGUAUAGCAGGGACUGAGAGAGCAGAAAAGAAAGUUAGUUAUUAUAUUGUAUUAAAAUAUAUUCAAAGUACCAACAGCAACCUUUUAUCAGAUUAA